AGGCGCCUCCCCGCGGCCUCACAGACUCAUCUGUUCCAAAUUCAAUCCCCAGCAAUCCAUGCCCAGGGUCCCUUUAUAAGUUUUCAGUGUUUGUGUCUUCCUCAAGCUCAUGACCACUCAUAUUACCUAGGGACCCAGUGGAGUAGGUGAAGUUCUUAAAUCGGCUAGACAUUUUCAGGACCGAAGCCUGGUCUCUAUGCAGAUAGUUUGGGGAGAUGGUUAUGAGCAAUUUAUACACAGCUAGAGCUUAUGCCCUACUCUCCUGAAGUCAGAGGCAGAUGCCUGUAAGAUCUACAGAGGGCCUUUCCGGCAGUGAGGACCUACGCACGAGAACAUGCCUCUAGCAAAGGAUCUCCUUCAUCCGUCUCCGGAAGAGAAGAGGAAACACAAGAAGAAACGCCUGGUGCAGAGCCCCAAUUCCUACUUCAUGGAUGUGAAAUGCCCAGGAUGCUAUAAAGUCACCACUGUCUUCAGCCAUGCACAAACGGUAGUUUUGUGUGUUGGCUGCUCCACUGUCCUCUGCCAGCCUACAGGAGGAAAAGCAAAGCUUACAGAGGGAUGUUCUUUCAGGAGGAAGCAGCACUAAAAACACUCUGAAUCAAGAUGAGUGGGAAACUAUCUCAAUAAACACAUUUUGGAUUAAAAAAAAAAGAUCUACAGAGGGAAGGCACAGAGAAAAGCACUGGUGCCAGUGGGGGUGAAAGAAGGAUCAUGAGGGUGCUGGAGGGAGGCAAAAGGACUCUGGGUCCUCAGAAAGCACAGCUUACUCCCACCUUUCCACUUACCAAAGAGACCAGUUCCUGUUAUGCAGUGCUGGACACACAGUAGGUGAUCCUCACUUUCUGAGUGAAUGGUUUCUAACUCCUAGGCUUAGGUACAGCACAGAAAUCUGUCAACAGCAUCCCCUGCCCCUGAAACUUCACACCACUCUCCACGCUGACAUUCACCUCACACCCCUCCCUCAUCUGUCUUCCAUUUCUUCUGUCUGAUGUCCUGUGACUCAUAGUGACUAUCAGUUACUGAGGUCAAAAGCAGAUGGAUGUGAGCUGGAGGGGUAGAAGAUGAAUGAACCCUGAGAUGGGGAGGCAGCAUUAGUCUGGAGAGGGAAGACUUCUCUUCCCUCUCAGAUGUGGUGCCAGGCAGGGCUCCAGCUGGGAGGAAAGACAUGGCUGAAACCUCUGGAACUAGUUUCACAGGGGUCCUCAGACUCAAAUGAGAGAGGUGUGUUUAAAAUAUAGAUGCAGGCCAGGCACAGUGGCUCACACCUAUAAUCCCAGCACUUUGGGAGGCUGAGGCAGGCGGAUCACUUGAGUUCAGGAGUUUGAGAGCAGCGUGGCCAACAUGGCAAAAACCCAAUUGCUACUAAAAAUACAAAAAUUGGCCGGGUGUGGUGGUGCAUGCCUAUAGUUCCAGCUACUUGGGAGGCUGAGACAGGAGAAUGGCUUGAACCCAGGAGGCAGAGGUUGCAGUGAGCCGAGAUCAUGCCACUGCACUCCAGCCUUGGCAACAGAGUGAAACUCUGUUUCAAAAAUAAAUGAAUAAAAUAAAAUGUAGAUGCCAAGGCUCACCCCAGACCUUGACUAAUCACUAAGGGUGAGACCCAGGAACAUGCAUGUUUAACACCCAGUGAUUCUUACACAUCAGUACAAGGCUAUCACCAAAUUACCACACAACACAGAGAUCACUUC